AUGAGGCGUUUCUGUCGCAGACUCAAUUGUUUCAGCUGCGACUGUAGCGAUGACGAGGAGGAGUCUGUCGAAUCCUCAAUUUCCCUACAAACUUUAGGACCCGAGUCCGUGGACCAACCGUCUCCCAAGGUCGCGGACAAACCGUCUCCCAAGGCCGCGGACAAACCGUCUCCUAAGGUGGCUAGCCCUAAGAAGAAGAAAGAUGCUGGAGCUAGUGAAAGUAGCAGCAGUGAGGAAGCUCCACUCCCAGAGAUAAUUACAAGGAAGGUCGCAAAGGCAAAGGCAACCAAAGGAAAGCCAAAAGAUGUCCUGAAGGCAGUGAAACCAGGUAAAGUCCAGAAGCAAUCUUCCCCCAAGAAAACUACUAAGGCUCAGAAGAAGAAGAAGCCCGCUGGCGCCAGUGAAAGUAGCAGCAGCGAUGAGGAAGCUCCACUCCCACCGUUGAAACAUACAGGCAUCUCACCUGCAAUGAGUGAUGUCGGUCUGGACAGUCCUAGCCGAACAGUCGAUCUCGGUGAUGACAUAUUGAACGCCCCUCUAGAUGAAUUGUUAACCUUCCGUCAAACCUCAGAAGGCCCUAAACCCGAUGAGUCCUCAUCCGAUGACGAUUCCCCAUGGUCCGGUCCUAAGCAAACCCAUCCUCUCGAAAGACUCAUUGCCGGCAGAAAGCGGGGAACUUCAACAGAGUGGGGAGCUUCUUCUUCGGAUUUGGGAGCUUCUUCAGAAGAUUCUCAUGAUCCUCAUCCGGCUAUCUGGGAUACGGAUUAUAUGCGAAAUAUGACUAUGGAAGAGAUUCGGGCGUUGGGUAAGAGCUGGCCGAACCCCCCUUGGGGAUCACUACCCUUUGGGCCGGAAGGAAUAAGACGAAGUUUGCUAAGAGGAACACGAGCAAAAUGGGGAGGAAAGAUACCUGUGGGGCCAAGAUUACCUUCUCCAAGACUGUUCCCUUCUCCAGAAGGUUCGCUUCAGCAAGAAUCCGCUGAGGCGUGGGAUGACAUUCCUACGGAGGAAACAGUCGCUGAAUACCGAGUAAAAGGAGCUCUAUUAGUAGGUUGGUUAGAAGAUCCAAAUGCACCAGACUGCAAUAUUUCCCCAGCAACUCUAACCAUGCAAGACUUGUUGGGGCCACCAUACAAUUUCCAAAGUAUGGAGAACCUGUGGACUAAUCUAGGUUACCUUAUGGAUGGAGGCGAACCCGAAACUGUGGGGUCACUUCCCGUUGGUGAUAGGUACCGCGAGACCACAAUCGAAAGCUGGGUCACGGACCCAGAGGUCCUAGCGGGAUUCGGAGCGACUGAUGUCCGUAAUAGGUACAGACACCUAAGCGGACGGGGUCUCCUUGUUGGUCAUGCCGUUUUCAGGUUCGAUAGUGUUCAGUGGAAUAUCGUUGGCAGGGCUGUGUAUGAGCUUGACUGGCCCAUAUCCACUUUGAGGUAUAUUAUGUUUACUCAAGUAGUCAAUGAGGAGACUGCACCAUAUAUCCGGUCCAUCCUCUACCCCAGACUUGGUCAUGCCUUCUAUUCGUCGCGGGAACCGCCAUGCAUAAAAGUCGAGCGCGGCACUCGUGAGUAUGAGGAACUCCUGGGCACAAAAUUGGGCAAAGCAGCUACAAUCCUUCUUAUAUCAUCUCUUCCCAGAGGUACGAGACGUAUCGCUCGAGCUGUUAUUUGGACAACUACCUGGAGCAUUAUGCUAAGAUUUGAGGUUGAGCCCAUCCCUGGUAACGCAUAUGACGAGGCAGAGGGGGCAGCUACAAGGGCACUAAACGAAUUGGAAGAAGCGGAGGCAGAGGAAUUAGAUCCAAAUAAAAGUAGAGAGGAGCAGCAGGAGGAGGAUGUAGAGAGUGAAAUAGAGUCUGAGACUUCAAGGCCAGAAGAUCCUCUAUGGUUCUGA